AUGCAAAUUACCCGCACAUUACGUAAAGGUCCCUGGACUCUCGAUGAAGAAAGAAGACUUGUUAUAUUGGUUAAUCAGUUUGGUGCGGUUGGAAGUUGGCAACAAAUUUCAUCUCUGCUUGGGUCAAGGAACGCGCAUCAGUGUAGGAAAAGAUACCGUCAUCUUGUGAGAGCAAAUACCAUAAGAAGACCUUUUCCACCUAUUCCUCAAAAUUAUGCUCAUCCAACUUCAUUGGCACCUCAUUCAUAUACUGAGAUAGGAAACAUCAUAUUAUGA